AUGUCUGUGUCACGAUACAGCUUCGGCUGGUAUCCUAGCAAGCUGAUUUCGUUGGUAAAUGUCGUCCAGCAAAUUGGCUGGUCUGCUGUGGGCGUCAUCACUGGCGGUCUUGCCCUGGAGGCGGUAGCGGAUGGCCAUCUUUCUGUCGCAGUGGGUAUUAUCAUUAUUUCGGUGGUCGUUCUGGUGAUUGGAAUGCUGGGACUGCGUGUAAUUUUACUGUAUGAACGCUAUGCCUGGAUGGUACUGUUUGUUGUCUUCAUGAUUAUCUUCGGCGAGACGGCCCAAUAUGUCGAUAAUAAAACACCUACGAGGCUUAAAGGUUCUGCCUUUAGUGGCGCUAUCCUCUCGUUUCUCUCUGUUGCGUACGGCUACAGCGCGUCAUGGUCACCGGUGGCCUCUGACUAUUACGUUCUUUUCCCUGCCAACAUCAGUCGUGUCAAAGUCUUUCUUCUGAGUUUGGUGGGUCUUACUGUACCCACGUGCAUUUCCAUGUGCGCAGGCGCCGUCACAGCGAGUGCGCUCAAUACCAAUCCGGCUUGGAAAGAGACCUAUGAAAGCGCUGGUGUGGGGAUGUAUCUUCGCGAUAUCUUAUACCCCAUUGGUUUUGCCAAGUUCCUACUUGUUCUUCUUGUACUUUCCAGUGUCGGCCUCAACCUAAUGAACACAUACAGUGGCACGCUGAGUGUCCAACAAAUCUCACCGAUCCUUGGCAAAAUUCCUCGAUUCCUUUGGUCGGUUGUUUUCUUUGGUGUCAUCAUCGCCUUGGGUCUGGCUGGUCGCAGGCAACUUAGUGCGUACCUUGAAAACUUCCUCGAUGUCAUUGGCUAUUGGAGCACGAGCUACGUGCUUAUCAUCUUUAUGGAGCACGUCUUUGUGCGCAAAGCCAACUUUGCUAACUACAACCUCACCGAUUGGAACAACCCUAAGAAUCUUCCACAUGGCAUUGCCGCUAUCAUCACCUUUCUGGUGGGCGUCGUUUGCUGGGUCAUGGGCAUGUCGGAGACGUGGUACGUGGGCCCACUCGCUCGCCUCUUUGAUGGCAUGGGUGGCGACGUGGCCAACGAGUUCACGCUUGUCUUUACGUGUGUUGCAUACCUGCCCCUACGUUUCUUGGAACUGAGAAUCUUCGGGAAAUAA